GUGUGUGUUUGUGCCCAUGUGUGAGUGAGGGUGUGUGUGUGUGAGUGUGUGUGUGUGUGUGUGUUUGUGCGCAUGUGUGAGUGAGGGUGUGUGUAUUGUUCUUGUCCUCCUCUUAGUCAGAAGCUCACAGACAGCUGACGGUAAAACAUUAACUCCACGCAGAGAGAGGAAGGAAACAAGCCAGACAGAAAGGACUCUGGUUCACCCUGCAGCAGCACUCAGAGUCGUACGUACAAACACUGUUCUCUAAGGUAACGUCACGUCCAUCUGGACUUCCUACCUCUUGGUGAGAUGGUCCUUCCUUCAGCAUUCGUCUUUGCCUACUGGGCAAGUUUCCUGCUAGAGUUUGGUUGGUGCCGAGACGGAGUGUGUCUUCAGGAUGGACAUCACAAACCCAAACCCAGUCCAGAGCCCGGUCUUAAAGAAUGCUCCCUGUACAUGGAGAACGCUUGCUGCUCGGAGCAGGACAUCGAGGAUCUUACUGCUCUGACUGACAGUGUACCGUGGGACCGCUGUGGCUCUCUGAGCCCAGUGUGUGAGGAGUUCCUAAAGAGAGUCAUCUGUUUUUACCGCUGUUCUCCCAAUGCCACAUACUGGCCACACCCUGAGCGUGGCUCCUCCCUCAGGGCGGUGCCUCUGUGUCACAGCUUCUGCGAAGACUGGUAUGAAGUUUGUAAGUCAGACCUCACAUGUGCUCGAGACUGGACCAGCGAUCCCAGAGGACUAAACUGCACCGGCAGCUGCAUACCGUAUCAUCAGAUGUACCAGCAUGGCCGAGACCUCUGUGAGAGCUUCUGGGGCGACGCCUUCAUGACGGUGGAGGAUGAAGCCAUGGAGGUCAAAGGACAUAGCUGUGGGUGUCUGAACCUCAACGUUGCAGACCGAGAGGUCAUAGCUGCUCUGAGAACACAGACGGACGACCUGAAUGAACUGGACACCACCAAACACCAUGGACACACCCUCUGCGCUCACGGCGUAGCCGCAGCACCACAGCAGAGGAACAACGACAAGUCAGUGUUACACAAGCGCUCGGCUCCGCCCAUACACGACCCAGAGGGCAGCGGCAGCGGCUUCUAGGAUCCCAGUCGAAUGGUCUCAACAAUUUAGUAUCGGUUCUAGAGCACAGAAUAUAAUAUAACGUCUCAUUCUAGAAUGUCUCAAUCAUUCUAGGGCAGUUGUGUUUUAGGUCACGAACCCAGAUUCCAGGUACAAAAGUAUGUGCACCCCUGACCAUCACAUUGACUGUGUUUGGCUUAUUCAGAGCGACUUACAUUACAUCAAAUUUUUUAUGCAUCUGAGCAAUUAAUUGAUAAGUGGCAGCUUUGUGGACCUGGGAUUCGAACUCACAACCUUCCAAUUAGUAGACCAACACCUUAACAGUAGGUCCCCAAACUGUUGCCACAAAGUUUUACAGAAUUCCUUCAGUGGAACUAAAAUGCUCAACUCCUGUUCCAGCAUAACAAUGUCCCUCUGCACAAAGCAGCUCCAUGAAGACAUGGUGUGGAGGUUAAAGGUGGAAGAAGUCGAGUGUCCAACACUGAGCCCGGACUAAGACUCAACCCCACUGAACACCUUUGGGAAGAACCGGAAGUGGAGCCUCGUCAACAUCCCGACAUCAGGGUCUGAUCUCACUAAAGCUGUUGUAGCUAAAUGAACACCGAUGCACACAACCACCACAAUCCAGCAUCUAGUGUUAUACGCAGAACAGUUAGUGUUGUAAUCUGGAGUGAGACGUUUAACAAGCACAUAUGGUUGCGAUGUUCAGGGGUGCACAAACUUUUGGCUCAUACGUUCACAGUAAGAUAUGUAUAAUUCUACUGCGUUUCAUGAUAAACAGCUUCUUGUUUAUCUUACCGAAACACAGCUCUAAUGUUCUAAUGUACCUGAGACCUGUUUGUUUUCCUGAGCAACUCUACUGUCUAAUUCUUCUACUGUGCCAAAAUGAUCAAGAGUAAAUAAAGUUACUUAGCAUUUGAAUUUAGGGAAUAGAAUAAAAGUGAUGAGACAGU